AUGAAUACUAGGCUUGCUGAAAUUUAUGAUGGUAAGGAAUGGAAGCUGCCUAAGGAGUGGUUUGAUAAGUACCCUUGGCUAAUGUCUUUCAAUUUUCAUCAGUUUAAUGCUGUAAGAAAGGAUAGUUUUAUGUGGAAAAUGGAUAAUGGUAAGGUGGAGGAGUAUGCGGUUAGAAGAGUGUAUAAGUCUCUUUGUAUGAAUGGGCCGAAAGUGCUUUGGAGUGGUGCUGUUUGGUUCAGUCAAAACAUUCCAAAGCAUGCAUUCAUUUUAUGGUUAGCUUUUAAAUUCAGGCUGCUUACUCAGGACAGGUUACUUAGUUGGGGUUUUGUUGGUGAUUUGAGGUGUUCGUUAUGCAAGAGAUGCCCUGAUAGUCACAAGCACUUGUUUUUUGAAUGUGAGUAUGCUUUGGCUGUAUGGAGGAGGUGUAAAGUGUUUGGAAAAAUGAUUGAUGCUCCUAACUCAUGGCCAGAUAUUGUUAAAUUUGUGGAGGAAAAAGGAUUCAUGAAAUCUGUUUGGGGAGUUAUUGGGAGACUAGUACUUGCUGCUUCGGUGUAUUUUAUAUGGCAGGAAAGGAAUCGUAGGCAAUUUGAGGAAGAAAGGCGAUCCGUGCAGCAGGUAUGUGAUAUUGUUUUUGAAACUGUUAGAUUGAGGUUGCUUGGAUUAACAUUUAAAGACACGGUUAGUGUGAGAAUGGCUGCUGAUAUAUGGGGAUUUGAAGUGAAGGCUAAAGAUAUUGGUAAUAGUUUGAAUGGGUUUGAAAAUUUGGGAGUUGGUUGA